UCCUUGCUCGAAGAGCGCAGGCUGCUAUCGAUUUGCUGAAAAGUGCGCUAAAUGCUGCGACAGUUCCCUAAUCCAUGCCAAUUUGUUUCCUCCCUGUCCUGCCCCGUUUCGUUUCCAAUUAUUUCACCAAUUGGAAAAUGUGCAUAAUGUGAAGGCGAGUGACGCGUCCAGUUAAUCCAUUUAGAAGACAAUUUUAGUCGAGAUGGGGAGCAUGCAGGGCUUCUCCCUCGCCGUGACCCAUUGGAGCUUCGGGAUUAUCAUCCUAGUCGGCCUAGUUUCCUCCAAUUUCUCCUCAGCUGAGGCCAUUCUGGGGGUUUUGCUGGCUGGUUGUGCUUCCACGCUUUCAGCUAUAUGUAGUUAUACGCCGGAUGCCAGCGAGUUGCCUAAACCACAGCGAACUUUGCUCAAUUUCCUGAUCCUUUGGCUGGAUGUUCUCAGCAACUUGGCGGCGGCUGCUGCAUGUGCUCGCGUGACUAGCGCUUCCAUUGACGUCCUGACCAAGAAUCACUUCAGGGAGCUGUUGCUUGGAAUGGAGCAGAGUGUGCUAGAUGAGCGCUGGCCCGACCUGGUGGGAGUCCUGGUCAUUCUAAUGGCCACUAUUAUCCGCAUGUUGGGCUUCGAGGUCGUCCACAAGUUCAGUGGGGCGGUGCUAUUUCUGGGGCUGCUCACCUACUUUGCCAUCUUCACCGUCAUCGGCAGCUUCCACACGGUAAACUCUUUUGAACAGUGGGUGGAUUCCCUGAAGCUUCACUCCUCAGUUGAGGUGUUGAGAGCCGGUGCGUUUUGCGCAUUCGCCUUCGUCCACAAACUGCCCACCACCACGAGAAACAACGGGCUGAAAAUCUUCACCAUUCUCUUCAUGCCAUUGUUGUUCUACGUCGUCCUUAUCAUUGUGUUCUCCUUCAUGACGCACUACAAGGAGCUGGAAGGUACCGCCAUCCCGCUGGUCAAAGUGUUCCAGAAUCGGGACGUGAACUGGGCCUGGCUGGCAAUUGCAUGGUUAACCGAAUGCCUCCCGAUUGUGUUGGUCAUCCAAAUCUUCCCUAGCGUCUACUUCGCCUUCCUUCGUUUGGCCAGCAAGGAGUGGAAGGUGUUUGUCAGCUCCAUUCAGUAUCAGAGCUUCUUGACUGGGGCGCCGGUGUUGGCCAUUUUUCCCGCAGGGAGUUUGAUGGCCAUUCUGGCCUUUGCCUGCCCUCUGGCUUAUCUGCUCAAGCUGCUCAAUGUGGCCUGUUUGCUGAAGUGCGCCCUUGCGUCCUGCUCCUUGAUGAACAACAGAUACCGGCCGGAUGUGUUGCACGCCCACCUUCAAGCUUUCCCAACAGCGAACGUGAAUUACAGCAAACUGGGGCCCCAGUCCAAGCCAGUAUCGCGGCAUCUGAUCAGCUUCAAGGAGCGAGUUAAGGGCCUGUUUAGGAAGACGCCUCAGUACAUCCACAAGCUCAGCUCCCCAAAAGGGCCCAGCCUGACGGUAGGCCGACCGCUUACAGAGGAGCAGGAGUGUCUGCUGUUCAAAGACGUCGAAAUCAACCAAGCGGCGCUGAGUUUUGAGAUGGGCGAGGGCAGCAAUUCGGAAACGGAGGAAAACGAAAUGGAGGCGCUGUCGGCCAGCGAUGAGGAGAGUUCGACGGACAUUGAUGGCAUCGUUGAGGAGUACAAGGAGGGAGUGAGGUUGAAGGUGGCCACCAUGGGGAGCUUCAAGCGCGCCACGCCGUCCACGAAAUUGACUCAAUUGGUUUUCUUGGUCUUUAUGACGGUGAUUGUGCUGAAUGCUGCCAGCAUUGCGCUGUCCAUCCAGAUAGUCAAGCGCUACUAUUGGGUGGAAAUACUUGCGCUCGCCCUGUGCAUCGUUGUGAUCAGCUGCCUGCCGGAAAACUCGGCGGAAAAGUCCAAGCCGUCACUGUUGCCGUCCUUCCUGUUUCCCCUGGGCCAUUCUUUGUCAAUUAAUGCCAACAUUCUGCUGGCUUCUAUGCUGCUUCCCAGCGUGUGGCUGGGGGUGGUGAUCUGGACGUUGUCAGGCCUGCUGCUCUACUGGAAGUGCGAUUGUUGCAAAUGCGAGCUCUUGGAGCCUUUGGUAGAACGCGUCACCUCCAAAGUGGACCCCCAGCAUGUGCUCUACCAGUACCAGGACAGCUUGGUUGAAAGCAUUGUAAUAGCCAGCUGACAUCCGGAGUGCUUCGACGACGACAGCUUGAUCACAGACUCUGAUGAGGCCAAUUAGGAGUUGGUCAGUCAACUAUGGUUAGUUACAUAAGUUUGAUGUUUACUGCGGCCUGUAGUGGCAGGAAAAAGGGCCUAAUUUAUGCGUGUACAUACAUAAGAUCUAUUUUCGAAUUUUAUUAGGGCAUAGCUGUAAGAAGUAAGAAAGAGCCUCUGAGAGAGUUAA